AUGAUUUAUAGAAUACUAAAUAACAUUUAUCUAUCAUCAGUAGAGCCAAUAAAUAAUGAAGAGGAUUUAAAAAAAGAAUAUGGGAUAACUCAUAUACUAUCAGUUCUACCUGGAAAAGUUCAAGAGAUUUCAUAUCUUUCUAAUUAUCAAUGGAAACAAAUUGAAGUAACUGAUGAGGAAACUACAAAUUUGAUACCGUAUUUUAAUGAGUCCUUUGAAUUUAUAGAGCUGGCCAAUGGUGGAAAUAUUUUGAUACAUUGUUCACAGGGAGUGUCAAGAUCAGUCUCAGUAAUAAUAGCAUAUUUAAUGAAGAAACAUAAACUACAUUUGGAACAAGCUAUUUAUGCUGUUAAAAGGAAAUUCCCUGAAGCUGAACCCAACCCUGCAUUUAGGGAGCAACUCAAAUUAUACGAGAAAAUGAAUUAUGAAGAAGAUCAACUAAAUUCUGAAUACAAGUCAUACCUUAAAGAAUUGUCACUAAAGAUAGAUCCACUGGGACUGAACUUAAGAGAAUUAAUAAUGGAAAAAGAGACUACCAUAGAGGAAAAGAGACCAGAUACUUAUGAUUUGAGGUGCAAGAAAUGUAGUAAAGUACUAGCAAAUAACAAUAACAUUGAAGAGCAUGAAACACCCGGUUCCGAUUCUAGACAAUCACAAUUUGUCAAAACAGCUCCAAACUCAAGAAGAAUAAUAUCUGUGCAUCAAGCGAGUGAUCAAUGCUCACAUUACUUUUUUGAAAAACCCGUUCCAUGGAUGAGAGAUGAAUUGGAAAGAUCAGAACUAGAAGGUAAAUUUCAAUGUCCUAAAUGUUCCUCGAAGAUAGGAGGUUAUAGUUGGAAAGGUUCAAGAUGUUCUUGCGGUAAAUGGAUGGUGCCUGCUAUACAUUUACAAGAUGCUAAAGUAGAUUGUAUAAAGAAAUAA